CGCGACGCAGCGACAAACAUACAAGAAUGAUAUGACUACGUUAACAACUGCUAUCCGCACAGAGGCAAAUGCAGCAGCAGCAACAGCAGCAACUGUUGAAUUCCACUAUCACACGCGUCAACAGCAUAGAGGCUAACGCCUCAGCAGCGCCAGGCUGCACGACAGACGUGACGAAGCAACUCAACGAGCGCAUCGAUCACGUCGUCACCAUCAUCGRCGACAUAAGUACUUUCAACGGACCAGACUCGAUCAGCAGCACGGUGGCCGCCAUCAAGACGGACAUCACCAAGCUACAGACGAGACCGGAAGYCGCUACAAAGACGUUCAAGAUGCCGCACUUCGACAUCAGCAAGUUCGACGAUUACAACAAGUCGAACGCCUUGUCAUGGUGGCAACGCUUCCUCACGGAAGCAUCAUGCUGCAUGGUCCCGGCGGACGACAUAUUGAAGGCACUAUAUCUGCAGCUGAUUGGAGGAGCGCAGGGAUGGAUGAACCAUCUAGCGGCUACACACAAGUGCACUAUCGCCGAACUCCACACGCACAUUACGUGGAAGGAGUUCGAGCAGCUAUGGUUCACCCGGUUCAUGGUCCGCAACGUCGUGAAGGYGGCCAUGAAUGAGGUGCACACAUGCUCUCAAGGGAACAUGCCAACUCGAGACUGGACAACGAAGUGGCAAAAGAUAGUGACCACAGCAGGUUUCGACUUGACGUUUCCAAAUCAACGAUCCGAGUUCUUCUCGCGAUCGUGCGCGGGAUUGCGGUCGGCACUCGGUAAUGAGUACGACUAUACCACAUUCCAGGCCAUUCUGGAUCGAGAGAACUUGGUCAUCCAGACGGACGACAAGGCCGAUAACGAGAGACAAUCCCAGCCGCACUAUGUGGCUAAGCAGACCUAUCAACGUCUGGCACAUAACAAUGCCGUGUUUUCUGAAAAAAUCGACGACCACCACGCUGCAGCAGCAUCCUCGAGUGAUGGAGGAAUUGUCGCAGCGCUCCCGCCAAAGCAUCCGAAGAGAGUUCGCAAGAACAAGGCGACACAAGGGACAGCGGCGACGGGAGCUGGGCAGCAGCCAUGGACGGCUUAUAAGAUCACCAAGGAGGUCUAUGACCUACGUCAGAAGUACGCAUACUGCCUAUGGUGUAACAGUGUCUUGGCCCGCGCGUUCGAAGAGAAGACGCAACCUACGGAAGUUACACUCGCGGACGGCCGUACGCAAAAGUCAAUUGACCGAUGCGUUGACGGCGUUCCGGUCUACUUUGCGCCACUUGCGUGCGAGCUGGUGUCUUUUGACAUCCUCGACACCAAGUUCGACAUGAUUCUAGGCAUGUCUUGGUUGCGUAGCGCCGAUCAUCCGGUGAACUUCCAUGACCGAACCGUUCAGACCCGUGAUCAAAACGGAGUGUUAGUCCCAUGUACGGUCACGACCCCUCACACUUCGAUUGCUUGUCACGUGGUUUCUGUUGCGAGAAUUCGCAACGCCAUUGCUCGGAAUGACGUCGAGGAGAUGAGCUUUGUAUUCUUGCAUGCUCUCCCCUCGCCGGACGGACCAGACGCGUCACCGCCAGACCCACGUAUUUCUCACCUCUUGGACGAGUAUAGAGACGUCUUCGAGGCUCCCACCGGAACGGUUCCGGAUCGGCCCAUACGUCACGGGAUCACUCUCGAGGCGGGCGCCGUCUCUCCGCGUGGAUGUAUCUACCGCAUGAGCGAAGAGGAACUCGAAGUGCUUCGCGCACAACUCGAUGACCUUCUCGACAAGGGCUGGAUUCGCCCUAGUUGCUCGCCAUACGGUGCACCUGUUCUCUUCGUCCGGAAGAAGAACAAAGAUCUACGAUUAUGCAUCGACUAUCGAAAACUUAACGCACAAACUGUAAAGAACGCCGGCCCUCUAGCGGAAGGGGAUCACAUCGUCAAUGUGGAAGACAUGGUCUUUGGGGGUGGUCUAUUGCCACCAUGAGGUAGUCAUCACGUUGGGCCACGUAAGGGGGGAGUGGCUCAAUGAAGUCAACUAUGUUGU